GCAGCGCGAUCCGCCCCCCUGACAUCUCCGCCGGGGCGGUCGCAGCUCAGCGUGGGAACCGCAGCGGGGCCCGGGCGUGGCGAGGCAUUGGGGGUCACCUCCUGGGCUCAGGGGUUUUGUGGACCCCCGGGUGGGUGCCCAGCCACAUCUCCCCGUAAGGACGGAGGGCGCCGUCCCACCAGGCUGCUCCUCGCCCGGGAGAGAGAUCGAUUGAAAUACGAGUCAAAAAAAUGCAAGUCAACCAGCGUUGCUGUCAGCAACGACUUUGGUUUCUCCUCCGUAAUAUCAGGUGACGUAGCCCCCUCCGUAACCAGCGAGGCCGGCGGUGCCGUGUCUGACGAUGCCUUAUUCAGAGAUAAAUUGAAACACAUGGGAAAAUCCACGCGCAAGAAGCUGUUUGAACUUGCCAGGGCCUUCUCCGAGAAGACGAAGAUGAGGAAAUCGAAAAGAAAACACUUGUUGAAGCACCAGGUGCUGGGGACGGCGGCUUCCACGGCAAAUCUUCUCGACGAUGUCGAAGGACAUUCAUGCGAUGAAGACUUCCAGGCACGGAGGCAGCAGCUCCAGGAGGAGGAGGAGACGCCGAAGGAAGGGCAGUAAACGGUCCCAGCGCUGGGGUUUGUUGCUGGCACAGAACGUGCACACGGCGUCCUAAGAAGAUGGCUGAAAAAGGAACAAAACCCACCCAACAAAUAACCCAGUUUUUUGGCUGUCCCCCCUCUGCUGUCGUACUCCUCUGCAGUACAAGUUUUGAAGUGAGGCACAGUGUUUUCUUACCAGCGGUUUGAAAACAACUUCUCCUAUCUAGCAAAUCAGCCAAAAAGGAAAAAUUAAAAAAAAAAAAAAAAGGAAACAAAAGCCGGCAGCUGAUGUGAGCUGCAGUGGAGGAGCCAGGGGGGCUCAGACUUGGGAGGAGCAGCGUCAUGCCUGCUCUCGUGGUCCGAGCGGCGUCGCAGGAGGAAUGAAAAUCAGUUGUACUAACGAUGAGGAUGCAUUCACACGUGGGAUCUGCUUGGCCGGAGCGCUCUUGAACAUAUCUCUGUAGCGAUCUGAUGUGACUUUACUCUGCGCACACAGGAAAAAA